CACGCACGCAUAAAUGAAGAAAACUGUCAACAUCGCGCGACCGAAUUCGCGAGUUUAUCAAAAUUAUUUUAUUUUUUAUUCGCUCUUUGCAGAUCAUAGAAACAAGUUCACGGUCGCGUUUUCUCCUCGUCUGCAGCCACACUCGGUUCAAUAUAAUUGGAAUAUCUCGACAAGAUGGUGAAUGAUUACAAUCUAACUCAGGAUAUCAUUUGUUAACUCGGUUGAAUUUACCCAUCAAGGAGGUGGCGAUUUUGCUAGAUAGGUGUGGAAUCCGAUAUACCUAUUCAUAAUAUUGAUCACAUCAAGUUUUUUGGAAAAUGACAUCGAUGGAAGUUGCUGCGGAUUUGGACGAUGGAAAUGCCUUUUGCGAAAAGAUUAUCAAUGAAAUCCAUGCCGUAUUUAUCAGAGAUCCAGAUCUAACUGGCUUCGAAAUCAUUCCAAUGCCAUCUAAUACGAACAAAUCGCCCGUUGUUCACGUGGAGCAUAACCUGGGCCUGCAAUCGUGGUGUGUCAAGUACGUGUACGAAUAUGCUCAUCGACUAAUUCUGCGCCAUCGUGUCGAAUGUUCCCGUCUGCUUGGCUCCGCUGGGACCGCAACACUUGGAGGUGCUCCUUGUAUCGGGACAUCCGUUUCGACAACGGCAACAUCUAUUGCUAGCAAUGUUCUAAUCAAGUACCUGAACUGUGCCAUACUCAUCAAUCCGGAUGUAUCGACCUUUUGGAACCUGCGACGGCAGCUGUUUGCCAAAAAUCGCUUAGACAUCACCAAAGAGUUUCAGUUUGCCGCACUGGUUUUGAGCAAAAAACCUAAAUCGAAUGAAGCUUUCGCGUAUCGUCGAUGGUUGUAUCUUUUCCAAAGUUCCGAUGCAAUUGACUGGUCCUUUGAAAUUGCCCUUUGUGAAAAAUGUGCAGACAAAAGUAACACUAACUACCACGCAUGGUGCCACCGACAGUGGGUGAUCAUGAAAUCACCGCACCUGCUUAAGUUUGAAAUAUACAAAACGGAAAAAUUUAUCCGGAAGCACAUUCAUGACUAUAGCUGCUACAAUCAUCGACAGUUUGUGUUGACUAGAAUGUACGAAACUACAUAUUUCGAUGAAGACGAUGGACAUAAUGUGGAAAACCUGAGCCAAUAUGUAAGCACGUUGAUAGGGACAACUAUUGAAAGUGAAGACGAUCUGUUGAAGCUGAUGGUUCCAUGUGUGAAUCGGGAGCAUCUUAAUGUUUUUAAAUUACGAUCGUUCAUGUACUGUCUAAAUUUGGCUGGUAGUGAUUUGAAUUUGUGUGAAGAGCUUGCUAGUAUGUAUGGAGCCUCUCAAGCCUUCGAGAAUCAUCGACGAUUUAUGGUGAAGUUUAUUGUGGAUCGAUGCCGCAACGCUUCCAACACCCUACUGCAGGAUGUCAACGGUCAAAUAGCGCAAUUCAAUCAACCACUGAGUAAGAUGACCAAACUGGAGGAUUUUGAAAACAGUGCGUUUUUGUUAGCAAUCAAAGGAAAAGAGAGCCAAAGAAAUGCUCCUCAACACAAAGCAUGGUGCAAACUGUUUCUUGGAUUUGACAUAGACUAAAUAAACACCUAAACAGAAAUAGAGCGAAAUCAAACGUUGACUAAUAGCACAUUGUUUUUCACAAAAGUUCCUAGUUUAAAACAAUAGUUAAACAACAAAAAAUACUACUCAAGUUUUCUACUUUAGCACAACUUGCGGCUCUUCUUCCAAAAAUCGUCUAGGCUAAUGCGUAUUAGUUUUUCUAUUUUUUAAGGUAACGACGUUUUGAAAAUAACUUUAUGUGUUGAUGCGUAUUAUACCAGACAGACCGGAAUUGUCAGACAUUUGUUUUCUAAUUUAGCAAUACUUCCUCGAAACUUGUUAUGUAGUUUUAUCGAUUAGUUUAAAUGCGUGGAAUAAACUUAUAAUACCGAAAA